AUCUGAGCAUUUGUAGGAGUUGGUGAUGUUGUGACACUGAAGGAGGCGGAGUUGCGCUCUGACGGACUUUAACCCCCGCGUAUGAAUAAUUAUGAACUUAACUGAGCCAUCCUCUGUGAGACAGUUUAGGUUUCAUUUUCUUUUUUCCAGAAAGGAAACGGCCUCUGCUUCUGCUUUAUUUUCCGUCUGUCCAGAGAUCCUGUUGCUCGCCACAUCUACUCGCAGAGGUCAAAAUGCAGAAUGAACGUGGAGAAAUAAUCGGCUCAAGCGGCUUUAAUUUUCUAAGUACACUUCCCACUACUAAUACUACUGCAGCCCGAUUUACUAUUGGCACAACACUCGUCAAUGAUGCUCCCAGCCAAAUUACAAGCAAGAGUUCAAUGGGGAGAAAGGAGAACAGAUCUUCGUAUAGAUUCCCAGAUAUGGAAGUUUCUUCAGCAGCUCAGCCAUAUUUGGUAUCUCAGUGGAGAGACAUGGAGUGGACAGAAGAGCAACGGACCAACCUGAUGAAGACUGUCAGCUCCUACAGACCGAGCUGUGGGGAGGUGACUCGAGCUCAGGUUCUCCUCCUCGGUCCAGUCGGUGCUGGAAAGUCCAGCUUCAUCAGCUCGGUCCAGUCAGUGUUCAAUGGACGAGUCACCAAUCGGGCCAUGGUGGGCUCCUUCUCCAGCAGCUUCACCAAGAAGCUACAGCCCUACAACAUCCAUGGUCAGAAGGGAGAGGAUCCUACCGGAGUGGUGCUGUGUGAUAUCAUGGGUCUGAGCAAUGGAGAAAUGACCGGACUGAGUCUUCAUGAUGUCCUGUCAGUCAUUAAAGGUCAUGUACCUGAGGGACACAAGUUCAGCCCAAGUCAGCCAGUGACAUGUGAGACUGUGGGCUAUGUGAGGAGACCGAGCCUUCAAGACCAGAUCCACUGUGUGGUCUUUGUAGUGGACGCUUCUAAAGUCAUGAGCUACCCCAAAGGCCUCAGCACGACCUUCCAACAGCUCAGAGAGCACAUCAGUGACCUGGGUGUUCACCAGGUUGCUCUGCUGACACAUGUGGACAAAGUGUGUCCAGAUACGGCCAAAGAUGUCACCAAUGUUUACAAGAGCAACAUCAUUCAGGAAGUGAUGAAUAAAGCAGGAGCUCUGCUGGGUAUGUCCACCUCCUACAUCGUUCCGGUGAAGAACUACUCCUCAGAGCUGAACCUGGAUGUCAACACAGAUGUGCUGCUUCUUCAUGCUGUCGAUCACAUUCUGCAGUACGCUGACCUGUACUUCCAGGACAACACAACGCAAGACACAGAGCUGCCGAAAGUUAAAACGUCUUAUUAAGAAGAAAAUCAUCAUUCACAUUUCAAUCAUCUUAAGUAUCAUUUAAAGAGAAACUUCAAUUCACUCACUUUGGAGCCCUUAUGUGUAAGAUUUUUAUAUUUUUGUGAAACUAACGACUCAAAACAGCUACACAUCAAUUUUAAACUAGCUUGGAAUGUGCAAUCUUUCACCGUUUUUUUGUUGUUGUUUUACACAGUUCUAUUUGACAAAAUUGUAUGAUUCAGAAUAAAGCUGAAAAGUUGUAAGAUUUUAUCGCUAA